CGUAAACAAUAAGCGAUUUAGUCGGUUAGCGGCGAGGCGCUAUAGCCACUUUUGUGCGUAUUUAAUUCAGUCGUGAUUUGUCCGUCCUCGUUGUGUGGUAGUGUAUCCUGUUCUCUGCCAAACCUGCAGUUAAAAGUCAUAAAAAUGGAUUGGAAGACGGGUCUUCUGAUCUUAACAUCCGUGUUCUAUGCUGAUAGUUUUUCAAAAUAUGGACGCACGUGCAAAGACAUAGGGUGCCUUAACAGCCAGGUGUGCGUUUUGGCAGAAGAUCCCUGUUCUUUCGGCCACACCAGGGACUGUGGCACUUAUCCAACAUGCAAAAAGAAGACUGAAGUUGAAGGUUCACACGCUGAACCGCAGCCUUCGGUGCCUAAACUAACGCCAGCGAGACCUCAGACACCCACGAGGGACUCCGACUCGGCUCCUAGUUACCCUCCGCCGGCCCCGCCCGCCGGCGGCUCGCCCUAUGGAGGCUCCUCGCCAUACGGCGGUAGCUCGAAUAACGGCGGCAGCAACUAUCCUGGUGGUUCGCCCUACGGAGGUGGUUCUCCUUACGGAGGCGGAUCUCCCUACGGAAGCAACACAAACGGAGGAAGCAGCUACCCAGGAGGCUCACCUUACGGGGGCGGUUCGCCCUAUGGAGGCAACUCUCCUUAUGGAAGCAAUUCAAACGGAGGGAGCAGUUAUCCGGGAGGCUCACCUUACGGAGGCACUCACGGUGGUGGCUCACCCUACGGAGGAAACUCACCAUAUGGUGGAUCCAACAACAGAGGAGGUAAUUCACCAUAUGGUGGCUCGAGCUCCGGAGGUUCAGGCUUCGGUUCUGGCAGCAAAGGAACCUUGGACAGCAUAUUCAAUACGCUUAACAAAUACGCUAGCGGAGGCGGAGGUGGAGGCGCCAGCAGCGGCAGCAAUGGCCAGGGCCUGUCCAACAUCUUCGGCAGCAUUCUUGGCAAUCUGUCUAAAAACGGAGGCAUAAACAACUUGUUCAACACCAGACCGAUUAUGGAAAAUCCUAACUAUGCCUCUCCUUCAAAUACUAGGAGUUCUAACUCUAACUAUCCGUCAUCAGGAUACCAACCGGCUCAGAACAGGAACUAUGGGGGGACGCACGCCAAACCCAAUGCGGCCUCUACUUUCAAGCCCGCGACCUAUGGCUGGAAUGUUGGCGUGAUACUCGUUUUGACAUACCUGACACAGCAAUACCUCUACAGUAUGACGCGGGGUUGAAAACUAACUUACUUAGUUGUUUAUCUAUUGUUAUUGUGCUAAUAUGUAUGUAAUUUGCAGAUUAAUUAUAUUGUAACUAUAUCGCCGUUUUAAACGCCUAGAACCACACACGAAUUUUUGAACUGUUUAUCACUUUCAUUAACUAUUUGUCACUUUGUCUCUUAAAUCAAAAGAACGGCGGUUAAAAGUAGAUCAGUGUAAGUGCUAAUACUGUUUUAUGUUUUUUAUCGUUUAUGGAUUCCAAAUAUUGUUCUUAAGUGUAUGCGUGUCUCUUAAUUUUAAAAUAUAUCGCAAAAGCUAGUGAUUUUACAGUGAUUGGUGUAAUUGUUAAAUGUGAUAGAUAAUCAAAAAGCCACCAAAACUGGCAAGCAUUUAGUCUUCUAAAAGGUUUACAGAGAAGCAAAAAUUUAUUUUACCAAUCUUUGAUGCAGUCAGGUUUUAAGUUAUAAUUAUAACUUCUGGUGCAAGACUUCCAUUUUAUAGUACCUGUCAAAAUUAUUCUAAAGAAAUAAACAUUUCAUAUAAAAUA